AGCAGCUCUCGGAACGAGCACGAGCAGGGGGAUGACAACGACGAGGAGCCACGACAGCCGUGGCUCCGUAGGGUAGUCGACAAGUACGGGGCGCUUGAACUAGAUAAUAAAGGCAGUGUCGCACGAGACCAUCUCGCAUUGGAGCGGACGUUCCUUGCAUGGCUUCGUACUUCACUCGCCUUUGCAUCGAUUGGGAUUGCCGUUACACAGUUAUUCCGCCUCAAUAGUUCAAUAACCUCUGGAACGACGGGCAGCACGACUAGUUCAGUAAACAGCCCUAAUGUGCUCACGCCGCCCAUUGAUCAGUCUUCAUCAUCGUUGCUUGAAAUCCUCCUCGCGCCGCCGAGUAGUAGUGGCGCCGGCGGUGCGCGUCUUCGUAAUGUCGGCAAGCCCUUGGGUGCGACGUUUAUCGCUAUUGCUAUCUUGAUCCUGUUGAUCGGGUUCCACCGUUACUUUGAAGCACAGUACUGGAUUGUGCGCGGCAAGUUCCCUGCUAGCCGUGGCAGUGUUGCCGUGGUCACGUUUCUGGCUGCAGGCUUGAUUGUGUCGAGUUUGGUGGUUAUCCUAGCCAUUGCGCCGACUGCUUUGGAG